UCAUGUUAUAAUUGAUUUUUAAUAAAGUGCAUUUAAAUGUGUUUGAAAUUGAAAUUCUUAUAUGAAAAUCAAUUCGAUGAUAUAUGCCGCAUAAGAAACCCAACAAUUACAACAAUCGUUACAAUUAAGCCAAAAGAGAUAAUUGUUAAAAUUAAUCGAUAUUUAAAAAUAUCGCAGUGAAAAAUUCGCGAAAAAAGGGCUAAAGAAAAUUUGGCUAAAAAAAAAAAAAAUAAAUAAAUAAAUAAGUAAAACAUUACGUUUAUAAGUGAAUGUGUGUAAAUAACUUCGCAUAGAGGAAACUAGUGUUAAUAACAAUUAUAUUCAAAUAAACAUCACACUGCCACUUUAGUCCACACAAGAGUAAAAACCAUACACUUUUGACAACUCUAUAAAUAUAUAUCCAUAUAUACAUAUAUAUAUAUAUAUAUAUAUAUUCUUUUUUGUAGAAGAAGAAAUUCAAGUGCUGUUAUGUUUAGUUUGACAAAACAAUUUCUCAACUAAGUGUCCCCAAUUUUUCUAUUGUUGUUGUCGUUGUUGUUGUGUUGUUGUGUUGUUUCUGUCCUGGCCUUAUAUCACGCAACCCUAGGUCUUUAAACUAUGUCGAGUUGAGCAGUAACAAUCUCAACAUCAUCUGUAAUACAUAUACCAUCGUCGUCUUCGUUACUCUACAAUAAGAAUAAAAAAAAAAAAAAAAAAAACGGAAAAAUCUUAAACAACACGCGCGAGUGCCAACAAUACUAACUUUAAUCUUCUGGCUUAAUGUGUUUGACUUGACAACGGAGAGCUGCAGGCCAAAAUUUGUCAACAAUCAUCUUCCUCUUCUACGGCCUCGUGCGGUACGUGCUCUCACUGCAAGAACAACAAUUUACCUACGUACCUAUAUAUACGUGCAUAUAUUUGUUUUGCUUUCCUCGCUCUCUGUUUAAUCAUCACUUAUAAAAGUUUUUAAAUACUAGACCUUGGACCAUGCAUAGUAUUGGUAAUGAUGAUGAGGCACCGAAAGACCCUCGAAUCGGUGAACAAGAUUUUACUCAACAAUUUACAGAAAAUGAUUUUGAAGGACAUCGUGCACAUACUGUUUAUGUAGGUGUACACGUGCCUGGCGGCCGUCGUCAUUCACAAAGACGUCAGCGUAAACACCAUCACGGUAAAGGUGAAGGCGGUGGCGACGAUAAACAAACCGAAAUAGAACGUCCAGUUACGCCACCUGCUCAGCGUGUACAAUUUAUCUUGGGUGAAGAAGGCGAUGAUGGGACCACCUCGCAUCCUCUCUUUUCUGAAUAUUUAACUUUGGUUAAAGAAGGCGAUGAAAUUGAGUGGAAAGAAACCGCCAGAUGGAUUAAAUUUGAAGAGGACGUCGAAGAGGGUGGUAAUCGUUGGUCUAAACCACAUGUGGCUACUUUAUCACUGCAUUCGUUAUUCGAGCUGCGCAGUUUAUUAUUAAAUGGCACAGUUAUAUUGGAUAUGGAGGCUAACAAUUUAGAAUUAAUAGCUGAUUUAGUAUGUGAGAAUAUGUUAAACGCUGGCGUAUUGCCAUCGCAGUCACGCGACAAAGUCAAGGAUGCUCUAUUAAGACGUCAUCGUCAUCAGCACGAAUACAACAGACGACACAAAUUGCCAAUAAUACGCUCGCUAACCGAUAUAGGACGAAAUCAUUCUUCAUCGAAAACCGAUUUCGGUCAUAUUGCUACCACCAUUCAUCUGGGUGCAAUUGGUGUAACCACUUGGUUUCAUGCAGGCGCUUCACCGACUUCUCACACCAGUCAUGCUAGUUGUAGUUCUCCCGGCGCUUCAGCAGCAAAACUUAAAGUGGAUGAACAAAGUAAUGCAACAUCACCGGGCUUAACGACAACAAACUCACCGUUAUCCUUGACUGCCAACACCAAUGGAAAUAAAUCUGAUGCCGAUGGCAGCCAUGAUGGACGCUUUUUAACUGUGCCAGGCACCAAAAUUACCAAAACAAUUGCUGUACCAGAUGAGGAUUUGACUAAAAGCCCCAGCAAUCUAUCAAUGCAUGGCGGCAACAGUAGCGGUAACGACAUCAGCGAUCAUCGCGGAAAUAUGCAUUUCAUGCGCAAAAUACCACCCGGUGCCGAAGCCAGUAACAUAUUAGUAGGUGAAGUGGAUUUUUUGGAGAAACCAUUAGCCGCUUUUAUACGCCUAAAAGAGGCAUCCCUAAUGGGUGACCUUACAGAGGUGCCAGUACCUACCAGAUUUAUUUUUAUUUUAUUGGGUCCACCCGGUAGUCAAAGUAAUUUCCAUGAAAUUGGUCGCGCCAUGGCGACACUAAUGUCCGAUGAAAUCUUCCAUGAAGUAGCCUAUCGUGCCCGUAAACGGGGUCAUCUGUUAGCCGGCAUUGAUGAAUUUUUGGAUGCCGUUACAGUAUUACCUCCUGGCGAAUGGGAUCCCACCAUACGUAUUGAACCACCGGCUGCCGUACCCUCACAAGAAAUACGAAAACGUCCGCCAGAAGCACAUAAAGAAGAAAUUGAUGAAGAAGAGGAAGAGCAACGUUUACGUGAAGAAGCUGGUUUGUCUAGAUCAGGUCGGCCUUUCGGCGGCCUUUAUAAUGAUUUUAAGCGUAAAAUACCGUGGUACUGGUCCGACUUCCGUGAUGCUCUCUCCAUGCAAUGUGUGGCCUCUUGGAUUUUUCUGUAUUUUGCUUGCCUAUCUCCCAUUAUCACUUUCGGUGGACUUUUAUCGCAAGCUACCGGUCGUAAUAUGGCUGCUAUGGAGUCAUUAGUUUCCGGCUUCGUUUGCGGCCUAGUUUAUGGGUUAUUUUCGGGUCAACCUUUAACCAUCUUAGGUUCAACCGGACCGGUAUUGGUAUUUGAAACGAUUGUAUACGAUUUCUGUCAGAAACAAGGCUGGGAUUAUAUGACAUUCCGCUUCUGGAUUGGCACUUGGAUAGCUGUGAUAUUACUGAUCUUAUGCGCCGUAGAUGCUAGUGCUCUGGUCUGCUACAUAACACGUUUCACUGAAGAGAACUUCGCCACAUUAAUCGCAUUCAUUUUCAUUUAUAAGGCUAUUGAAAACGUUUUAAAAAUUGGUCACAAAUAUCCAGUGAAUCAUCCGGUGUAUGAUUGCGUUUGCACACCACCCUCAGGCAAUAAUGCCACCAUUUUGGAUUACGUUAGAUACGAAAAAGGAGAUUGCUUGACUAAUAAUGGCACAUUAAUUGGCUUGGAUUGUGAUAAGCCGGACACGUCAAAUGUUUUCCUAAUGUCUGUCCUACUAUUCCUGGGCACUUUUAUCAUUUCUACAAUAUUGAAAGAUUUCAAAAAUGCCUUAUUCUUUCCCACCGUUGUACGGCAAUACAUAAGUGAUUUUUCAGUUAUUAUAGCCAUAGUUAGCAUGUCAAUGCUUGAUUAUAUGAUGCAAGUGGAUACGCCUAAAUUAGAAGUACCUCAUGAUAUAAAGCCAACUUCGCCAGAGCGGAAUUGGUUUAUACCGCCUUUUACUGAAAACAAUCCUUUCUGGAGCUGUAUAGCAGCCGUAGUACCGGCCAUGCUUGGCACGAUUCUAAUAUUCAUGGAUCAGCAGAUUACGGCAGUAAUUGUGAAUCGAAAAGAGAAUAAAUUGAAGAAGGGUUGUGGCUAUCAUUUAGAUUUAUUUAUCUUGUCGGCCUUAAUACAGAUUUGUAGCAUCUUAGGAUUGCCGUGGUUUGUUGCGGCCACCGUUCUAAGUAUUAACCAUGUCAAUUCUUUGAAAUUGGAAUCCGAAUGUUCGGCACCUGGCGAGAAGCCACGAUUUUUAGGUGUACGUGAGCAACGUGUUACUCAUGUACUGAUUUUCCUAACGAUCGGCAUAUCGGUAUUUCUGACACCGGUUUUAUCUCAUAUCCCGAUGCCGGUAUUGUUCGGUGUCUUCUUAUACAUGGGCGUAGCGUCUCUUAAAGGUCUUCAAUUCUUCGAUCGCAUAUUGAUUAUGUUUAUGCCGGCUAAAUAUCAACCAGAUUACAUGUUCCUUCGUCAAGUACCCAUUAAACGAGUACAUCUCUUUACCCUUAUACAGUUGGCAUGUUUGGCCGUGUUAUGGUUAAUUAAAUCGUUUUCGUCGACUUCCAUUCUAUUCCCUUUGAUGUUGGUUGUAAUGAUUGGUAUACGUAAAGCUUUAGAUUUAGUCUUCACGCGACGCGAAUUGAAAAUCUUAGAUGAUAUUAUGCCUGAAAUAACGAAACGAGCUGCAGCCGAUGACUUGCAUCAAUUGGAUGCUGAGGAUUCGCAUAUGGAUAAUGAUAAAAAGUAUAAUUCCAUCAAUGAAACGGGCCCGACCACUAUACAUAUACCGUUGGCCAAUGGAGCCACCGCGAUGAAUGCACCAUCAAAUGUGCCAAUUAAUAUAACCCAAGAAGUUCAACGUACCACCAUAUGGCAACAAAUCCAUAACGAUGGCCUAACUGCCGAACAACUUAUUAUACCAGUUAACGCUAAAGUUCGUCAAAUUAAUGGCGGUAAUAAUCAAAGUAAUCUUUUAUCAGCAGUCAAUCAGGAUCAAUUAACCACAACAUCGCACAGCAAUAAUGAAGAUAGCUAUGUGAAAAUGGACGUCCCCAAUGAAACGGCUAAAACGGACAAUAAGUUGGAUACCACGCCAGAUGAUGUAACUCAUGUCUAAAGUCGAAUGUCAAUCUCAUGUCGAAUUAUAAGAAAACUGAUGUCAAA